GAAGCCGAGGGUUCUUGCCGGGCCUGCACUUCCUCACGUGAAUCCCAGGCAGCGCUCUCCUAGUACCGGCCCUGGGCGCGAGUCUGUGGGCCGCUGCAGUGGGACACUCCCACCUCCACCCCCGCUCCGGCCAGGUAUGAAUCGCUACAUUCUGCCGCUGUCCGUGCUGGGCACAGCGGUGGGUGGCGCCGUGCUGCUCAAGGACUUUGUCGCCGGCGGGGCUUGUCCCAGCAAGACCACCAUUCCUGGGAAGACCGUCAUCGUGACAGGCGCCAACACGGGCGUCGGGAAACAGACCGCCGUGGAGCUGGCCAAAAGAGGAGGUACCAUCAUUCUGGCCUGUCGAGACUUGGAGAAGUGUGAGGCGGCAGCCAGGGAGAUUCGAGGGGAGACCCUUAAUCACCGCGUCAACGCCCGGCACCUGGACUUGGCCUCCUUGAAGUCCAUCCGAGAGUUUGCAGCGAAGAUCAUCGAAGAGGAGGAGCGAGUGCACAUCCUGAUCAAUAACGCAGCCGUGAUGCGGUGCCCCCACUGGACCACCGAGGAUGGCUUUGAGAUGCAGCUGGGCGUUAACUACCUGGGUCACUUCCUUUUGACGAACUUGCUGCUGGACAAGUUGAAAGCCUCUGCUCCGUCGCGUAUCAUCAACCUCUCGUCCUUGGCCCACGUUGCUGGGCACAUAGACUUCGAGGACUUGAACUGGGAGAAGAGGAAGUAUGACACUAAGGCAGCCUACUGCCAGAGCAAGCUGGCCCUUGUCCUCUUCACCAAGGAGCUCAGCCGGCGGCUGCAAGGCACGGGCGUGACUGUCAACGCCUUGCACCCCGGCGUGGCCAGGACAGAGCUGGGCAGACACACGGGCAUGCACAGCUCCACCUUCUCCAGCUUCACGCUCGGACCCAUCUUCUGGCUGCUGGUCAAGAGCCCCCAGCUGGCGGCCCAGCCCAGCACCUACCUGGCCGUGGCGGAGGAGUUGGAGGGCGUUUCUGGAAAGUACUUUGAGGGACUCAAAGAGAAGGCUCCGGCCCCGGAAGCUGAGGAUGAGGAGGUAGCCCAGAGGCUUUGGGCUGAAAGUGCCCGCCUUGUGGGCUUGGAAAUGUCCUGUGGAUCCUCUGAGAGGGGACAGCCCCUCCCCAAAUAACUUCUGGGAGCAGGUAUGAAAGCCAAAGGGAGGCAGUCACCAAG